AAUCAGAAGAUACAUUUUGCCAAAAGGAAAACUAAAACAAUAAAAAAUAAAAAAGACGAGCUCAUGCAAAAACACACAAAAAUACACAUGCAAACACUUAUGUGUGAGGCGCGAAUAAGCACACACGCGCACACAAAAUAUAAUAAACAGUUAAAAUCCUCGAGCAUGCCAUGCCUGCGUACAUAAGUCCGGUAGUGGAGACGCAACAAAUAUCAUUUCAGGCGACAAGCUUAGCUUUUCUUCACUUUCAUUUCCAGAAAGUUGCUUGGGCUCCAUGAUUACUUACGGUAUGCCUAUAUAUAUAUGUAAGAGACACUAGAUUGUAAACACCACAGCAGGACAAGUUUUUGCUUAAACUCAACUCGCAAAGCGACGUCCUCCUCUUUGUUUCAUUCUCCAAGCAUCACGAGUGAGCCUGGCGUCGUACACAGGUCUUAGUGUGAUGGUCAAGUGCCGAGCAAGUGCUCAAACAUCGAAAAUGCUGGUCGAGGACUGAAAUGUUCAAGUGGAUGUCGUGGUCUGCUGUCCUCAGUACCAGUAUACAUUGUGUUCUCUGUUAGUCAUCAGGAAACGCCCGGCACGUAGGCGUAGUUAAAUCAAGAUCUAACAGUUCCUGUUGAAAAUUUCUUCCUGGUUAAACUGUUUUGCUGAGAAGAGAAGCAAGUCUGAUGCAAAACUGAGCACGGUCUGUUUCUCGUGAAGUACACCCUUUGAAAAGGCUAGGGAAAACUAAAGCUACUCUGCAUUUAUCCAGUGACGAGAUCUUGAUGCUGAAACUGCCAAAAGAAAUGAAGAUUUUAGCCGCUACAUUCUCUCUCUUUGUUGCCAUGGCCUUGACUUCUAACGCAGGUAAACAUAAUUCAAGGGACAAAACUUGCCAGGAAGAGUUUCAAUGGCUUGAAACUAAAGGUAAAGGGAUUUGUGAUUUCACAAAGAUUUUUGCGGCUGGAAGAACAGGAAUUGGAAACGUGACGGGCGUAAAGCACAGGAAGGAAGCUGUUGCUUUGUGGAGGAGGAUAGUUGUGAGCUGACUUCUCCACACCUUUCUCACACUGACCGCGUGUUCUACACAAUGAAACUUCACUACAAAAUUCCAGAACCAAAUAAAUAUGCGUUAUCUGUGAGCUUGAUAACGAAUAACAGCGGAGUGUUAUUAUGGGAGAGUGACACUAGGGACAACAGCAAGACGAAAGAGCUCAACAUCACUGUAUGCACAACACCACAGAAGAUUACAAUUCAAGGCCAAAAUUUCUACCCGGGUAAAUCGGGUGUUGAUGAAGAGAUACUUAUUUUCCACGUUUCAUUCCAUCGACUAUCAACGACCGAAGCAAUAACAUCCACUGCACAAAAUGUAACUUCUUUCUGUGCUGACACCGACACAACGACUAGUGAUAACUGGUUCAGUUCUCGUGUUAACGAAGAUUCGAUGACUACAACGUCAACAUUACAAUCAUCUGAUGGUCUGACUACUACAGCAACAGUUGUGGGAGUAGUUGUUGUGGCCCUCAUCCUUUUAAUUAUCACUGUGGUCGUGUUCCUCAGACAGAAAAAGAAGAAAUACAAAAAGAACGUUCCUGCGAGUGACGUUCCUCCACUUGAUGUCAACAUUGCUCACCCACCCGAGUACCCAUACCUUGCAGCAUCCAGCACCUCUGUCAUGAUUACUCCUACUCGUGACCCGAUUCAGAACAACACUGUGCACCAGGAGCCUGAACACGUGACCACCUACAGUGUUGUGGUGAACACAGACUCUGCACAUUGUCACCCUGAGCAUCCUCAUGGAUUGAGUCCUGACAAAUGUCUUGCUGCCCAGGACGACAGACUUGUCGUGAGAACAAAAUCAGCUUGGACUCGACAACUGGACAUGACCAAGGUAACUACGAAUAUGUGCAGGAUCCUCCUUAUGAAACUCUCCCUGGUGCGGCUGGAGGUACCUGCUCCUCAACGUUGCCUGCUGACGACGUCUACAACCACACACAUGACAGUGUCAACAAGCAGCUUGGUCGUCAUGGUGAAGGUGGAGGAGGUAUAUACUCCACUUUGGCUACUGAAGACACCUACAGUCAUCUGCAGGGCAAGGAGCACCACAGAUUUGAUGGGCAGGGUGACGGCAAUAAAAACCCACAUUUAGUCACAGCUCCUGAGGACCAUUACAACCAUCUGUAACAUUCUAUCUUCGCCGGCGAAAUGACUGUAAGACAGUCGGUCACGGGACUGAGUGAGCAUCACUCACACAGGUGUAGUGUCU